GCGUGGAUGUGCCGGUCAGCGUGAUAUAUCAUUGGAGCGUGCUCAUAACACGUCAUCUUUCUCUCUCUUUUUUCUUUGUAAAGAAUCAAAAGGCGAAGGACGAAGCGGCGAAGAUUACACCGAAAAUGCUGCUGUUGGCGUUAGUUCUUGGAGCAUUGGUAGGAAGUAGCCAUUGUGCUGAUUCAGAAUCAAGUGCAAGGCUCAUUGUUGCAAAGAAUGUAUUGAAUCAGUUCGUUGUUGAAAACAAAGAUCUUACUAUUCACUACACUAUAUACAACGUUGGAUCUAGCCCUGCCAGUGCAGUCACAUUGACAGAAGAUUCAUUCCCUGAGUCUGCAUUUCAAGUUGUUCAUGGAUUAUCUUCUAUCAAGUGGAAAUCAAUAGCUCCUGGAACUAAUGUUUCCCAUUCCAUCAUCCUACACCCCUUGAAAUCUGGCAAUUUUAAUUUCACUGCUGCUAAAGUUACAUACAAAGCUAGCGAAGAUGGCCCAGUACAGGUUGCAUACUCUACAGCACCUGGUGAAGGUGGCAUCAUGAGCAACAAGGACUACCAGAGAAAGCAUUCUCCACAUCUGGUGGAUUGGGGGUUGUUCAGCCUUAUGUGUAUACCAACAUUGCUCCUACCUCUGAUGAUAUGGUACCGCAGUCACAGCAAGUACGAGAACUUCAAAGUCAAGAAGAACUAGACUAGAAUAUGCAAUAUUAUUAGAAAUAACACCACCCCUUUUCCUCUAUAAAACUCUUAUCGUCAAGAUCUCAACUUUUGGUACGUCACAUUUGACUAAUCAUAAUUAGGCCAUUUUUGAAUAAUCCCAUUGAAUGAAAAUCUUUAUUUUUGCAUUACAAUCUCAUUCUAAAAAAAUUGCAGUGUAUCACAAGAGGAUUUAAACAAAAUGGCUCCUGUUAUAAUAUAGUGUCUUAGUCUUGCUACUCAUUAAAGUUUCCAUAUUUCACAAACUCUUUUCUAGCCAUAAAUUUGGUUUGUUUUAUCAUAAUUUAUACUACCAAGAGUUAGCCUGCAUUCAGCCAGUAUAACUCCCUUGAAAUAAUUUCGAGGAUUUUAUACCGGCUGAAUGCAGGCUACCAAGAAUCAACCAUCUUGUUUCUUGCCACCAAUGGAAUUGGGGCUGUUAUAUCAACAGCAUGUAUGAAUGAAUACCUUCAUGUCCUAGCCUAUUGUAAUAAAUUUUUACUUUUAUUGUG